UCUAUUUUUGAUUUUAGAAAAAAGAGGAAGAGGACGAUGAGGAGGAAGAAGAAGAGGAAAGGACAAAAUGGAAAUCCAAAUACUGCUACAGGCUACUUUGUGAACACGAGGAGGGUUGGCAUACGGUGGACUCAACCAUCCCAUCUCCAGAACAUGACGGAAAAGAGGAAGAAGAACAAUGGCUGAACUCCAUGGCCCCCUACAUGGCACGAAUGUUUGCCAUCCUCAAAUACUCGAGCAUUAAUAUGGCUAGUUUGAACACACCAGAGGGUCAGACUCUACAAGCCAAGCUGCAGACGAUUGCCAUAGAUCUCAACAAGAAUGAGUUCCAGGAUGAAUAUGUAGAGGUCAGAGGCAGUGUGAUGGACAUGGAUAAGGAAAAGAUUGCAGGAUGCCUUAAGAGAUGUCAUAUGCUGAAUGGAAAGACACUUUGGCUUUGUGACAAACACCGCGGCCAAAGUGGCAGUAAGACGGAAAAACUGUAUCAACAGCUCUUGAUGCCACACGAAGACCCAGGCAAAGCUGUGUUGACCCAACCAGAGUCUGAGCAAACUUCAGGUCAAACAACUAGUCGCAAGGAGCCAAAAGAACCAACGAAGCCAAAACUAUUCCGCAUGAGGGAGACGGGUGGUUCCAAGUCGGGCAAAUUGAAGAGACAAACAAGUCAAGCAUGUAGUGUAAUGUAAAAGUGGAAAUCGAUACCCAAACAUUGCUUCUUGUUGUGAAUUAUCAAAAACUCUUUUGAAUCAAAAUUAUCUGCUGCUGAGUUAAGACAAUUGACGAAUGAUUUGUUAGUGUAUGCAUGUAUCUAGAUUCUGUAGAUAUUACAACUUUAAUCAAAUAGCAGUUGAGACUGAUGAUAAGUACUUAGCAUUUUGUAUGAAAUUUUAUCAUAUUUAAUUACUGCUACAAGGAGCCAAUGCCUUCUAAUUGAGAUUAAUAUUUUGCAUUUGCAUAAUACUUAAUCCAGGCUGGGUUCAUCAUAUCACGGGAAUAUACUAACUAAUUAUAAUUCAUCAUUGUAUGCCCAUUUUUAUGUAUUAAUCAUCCCCUGUGAUCAUCAUCUCAUUUAAACAUAUGUUUAAGUAAAUACACGGAUAGACUACAGUUAGGCUUUUCCAUGUUGUAUGUUAAUAUAUACACUUGUAUGAUAUAUAUACAUGUACGCACUUACUUUCUUCUGCUUGUCUUCUGAUCUUGUUUCUCUAACAAAACAAAAUAUGCUUGUUUUUUGCCUGAGACAUCAAUACACAUGUCUAUACUAUCGCUUAUAAUAUAUAGUGUACUAUCGUACUACUGCUUAUAGUAUAUAUAGGGUACCGGUAAUAUCGUACUACUUAUAGUAUAUAUAGGGUAAUAUUAUACUACUUAUAGUAUAUAUAGAGUAUAUAUAAGGUAAUAUCAUACUAUAUAUUACUGUGUCAUAUUAUCAUUUAAUAACAUGGAAGUUUAUUUGUCAGUUUUCGAGAGAAAACACUGACAUUUUAAUUUGCAAUUUUCUUGAAACUUACCAUAAGAACAAACAGGGACUUGUGAUACAUAUACACGUGUAAUUUGUAUGUGUUUCAUUAUACAUGUACUCCCGAUUAUAUAUUUUGAAAGCUGUGAUAUUUUUCCACUGCUGCCUGAAAGUCUUAUUUACAUGAAUUGUUGUAUAUUUCUAUAAUCUAUAUUGUUUGUUGUUAAUACAAUACAUUCAAUGAUACUGACUAACAAGAAUUGACAAACAAAAGCGAAAUCAGAGGUUGACAAUCAAGAUAAAUACAAAUCUCUUCAGCACCUUUGGAAUACGCUACUACAAAAAGAGGGCAUUCACUAAGCAAUUUUAUUUAUUGGAAAUAUAUUAAUGAUUAAGUUGAUCCAAGUCCUUUGAAGGUUACAAACCAACCUUUUCAUAUUGUAUCAAAAACAUUUUUACGCACGAUUCCUUACAGUCUCAAGGUUUGUUAACUCUUGUGAUCCGCAAGGUGUGCAGAGGGACGCUUUGACUUAUGGAACGCCUUUUGAUAGUAGAAAACGUUUACUAUUCAUUCCAUCAUCGCCACACCCACACAUAAACUGACAGUUAUAUUUGUUACUUUAUAACCUUAUUAAGAAACUAUUUAAAAAAUUUAUGUACAUUUAUUUAUUAUGCAUCUACAACUUUUACAUGUUGAAAGUUUACUUUUACAUAUCAUACUCGUGAUACUUUAUAUUAUUCUGCUCAAGUUUUAAUUUAACUCUAAUUUAUUAAGCGUAUAUAUUUUUUUGAUGUGAUGAUAAUUCAGGAUACAUUUUUUUAUAUCCUGAGCUUGAUUUAACUCUAUUUGUCAUACCAAAGACCAAUCAUAUAUUCUAACCAAUGUUAUGUACAAAAUGUUUUUAUUUAAAUACACAUCACAAAAUGUAUCUGUGAUCAUUAUUUUGAUAUGAUGCAUGACAUUCCUUUUACGUCCUUCUUUUUCAUUUUUUUUGUCACACGCUUUCUAGUGAAUACAAACCAAAUGAUUUUCUGGAAAAUGGUGUUAUUUCAGGGGUGUGCUAUGAAGACUGAACUGUUCAAUAUUCCAAUUUUUGCAAAGUUAAUACCUGUUGACUAAAAGGUAAAAGUAAAGAUAUUUUUUACUGGGAAUUCGAUUAAGUGUGUCUUUUUCAGCAAUUAUAUUUCAUCCUGAGAGAAAUAACAGCAGUAAAAACGAUAUAUGUCCAAAAAUCAGUCAUGCCGUCCAAGUCCAUUGAAGCUCUUGUUUCAUUUUAUAACAAAUAUGUUCCGUCCAUUUAUUUUAGGGAAUGGUAAAGCCAUUCAUCUAAUCAAUGUUAUGAUUGUAUUAGGUUAUGAUAUAUUGAUGUCACAUGUCUGCAUUGUCCUUAAUCCGAAGGUUUCUGAUGUUUUUGUGUUUUAUCGGCCUUUUAUAAAUCUGGACCAGCUCUAUCCGAUUUUUAAAUAGCCGGAUGACCUUAACCUCAACUUCCACUUUAACGUAGCGUUAAACAUGGACCUACCUAUACUCUGCUGACUAUAAGGUGUACUGUUCUCGAACCAUACUUUUUGUAUAGGGGUACAUAAUAUUUUACUUACCUAAAACGUAAGCGCUAUUUUGAUAGCAUUUUUCCUUGUUUUAUGACUGUUACUGUUUUGAGAGCAUGUGAUACAAGACUAAUUUGUAAAACUGUUUUGUAAUUUAAAAAAAAAAUGAUUGAUUUUUUUUAUCUCAUCUAGACGAAUUCUACAUUUGGUAGAAAAUAAUAGACUAGAUAAUAUCUAAUGUUUUGAUUUAUUAAGAAUAGUGGAGUGAAGUUAUGAAUGUGAAUUUGUUGCUUCUUGUGUGUAUACCUUUUUAUAUCUGAAUUUUAUAUAAUGUCCAAAAAUCAAAAUGCCGUCCUAUAUCACCAAUUAACAAACAACGUGACAACUCAAUACAUUUAGUUUGAUGUUUAGAAUGUAGCAUUGCUAUAACUUCAUCUUAACACAAUAGAAAUAUUAAUCAAAGUUUAAACUAAACUCCAAUACUUGCAUGUAUACAAUUAUAUUGAGUGACUUGAAAGCAAUCGUUGUCUUUUUGCAAUAAAAUUUAGUGAAAUUGAUGUUUUCGUCUUUGUAAUGCACUUGUUUUUAUUUUUCUAAUAAUCUUUAUUGAGAUAGCUAAUUUAAGUAUGUUGCCGUUGUCUAUCGAUAACACAGAUGUUUGUUAUCAACAUAAUCAACGACAGCACAAAUAAGAGAAACACUUUGUGUAUCGUGUAUAUAAACAUAAAAAAGAAAUAUUUAGAUGACAGUUGAAAUUCCAUAUUAUAAUCGUUAGCGUUAUUAAGCCUGAAGAGAGUCGCAAGGCUUGAAAACGUUAGCGAUUAUAAUAUGGAAUUUCAAUUGUCAUGUUAAUAUUUCUUUUUUAUGUUUAUAUAUAUAUCCCCACUUAUUUUUUUUAUAUCAGCAUGAAUUUAGCUUUUCUUUAAUGAACACCUAUAAAGCGUUACAAUUGAUUCUGUAUAUAUGAAAUAAAUUAGAGACAUUUAUUGUAUUUGAGGUGGAUUUGAAGAAAAAACAAUCAAAAGACCCAAUAUUAUCUGUUCACUUGCAUUCCAUCAUUCAUGGCUACAAAUAAAAACUAGCUUACACUUUAUGUGACGAGAAUAUUGAUCCAAGUGCUGUUAAAAAACAAGUUUAGGACAGUUAAAAAAUAAUUUCAAUUGACGUAAUAUUUAUUGGUGUAUUUUAUUUCAUUCUAACACUGGAUAUUGGAAUAAAGCUUUACAUUCCUGA